UGGGGGUGUGAGUGGUCCCGAUAUCCCCACCCUGGUGGCAGUGUGAAUGUCCCUGACAUUCCCCACCCCAGUGGUGGUGUGAGUGCUCCCGGUAUCCCCAUCCCGAUGGGGGUCGGGCAGGUUGGAAGAGUGAGCGUGGCUUCCCCCCAGGCACUUUAUGAGCUGGUGAAAUGCAAUUUCAACGCAGAGGAGGCUCUGCGGAGGCUGCGAUUCAACGUGAAGGUGAUCCGAGAUGGGUUCUGUGCUUGGAGCGAGGAGGAGUGCAGGAACUUUGAGCAUGGCUUCCGAGUGCACGGGAAGAACUUCCACCUGAUCCAGGCCAACAAGGUACGCACGCGGUCCGUGGGCGAAUGUGUGGAGUACUACUACCUGUGGAAGAAGUCCGAGCGCUACGACUACUUCUCGCAGCAGACGAGGCUGGGCCGGAGGAAAUACGGCCCGUCCGGAGCCACGGAUGUAGACCAGGACCUGGACAGCAGUGACCCUGAUGGCCGCCCCCACUCCUCACCGCCUCUGCCCCCUACUGCCGACAGCCUGGGCUCUGAGCAGGACCCCCUGGCACGGAUGCACACAGAGCCGCUGAGCGUAGACAGCGCGGCCGGCAGUCUUGGUGAGCCUGGGGAGAGCUCCGACAGCCUCCCGUCCUCGGAGCCAGGGCCUUGUCCGUUUCAGCAGCUGGACACGCCCCCAGCUGUGCCCCUGCCCAGGCGGCCCCCAGCCCUGGCCGAACCAGCCUUCUACCCCCCGGCCACAGCCACUCCGGAGCCCAGCACCAGCCCGAGAUUGGCUGUGGACUUGGCCCUGCCGGGGGCCCUCCCCGAGGAGCUGCCCCUCAUCUCUAGCCACGUGGAUAUGAAUGGAGAGUCUGAGGAGGCUGUGGCCCCAGCACAGGUGUCCUUGUCGGUCACUGAGUUUGGACUCAUCGGCAUUGGGGACGUGAAUCCCUUCCUGGCCGCCCACCCAGCGUGCCCAGCCCCCGGGCUGCACUCGGAGCCCCUGUCACACUGUAACGUGAUGACGUGUUGAGCUCUGGCCGUGGGCGGCACGUGUGGCCCGGACAGGACGCGGGGCCACCGCGGGGCCUGCCUCUGCCAGUCUUCCCGACCCCUCCCCUCCUCGUGGGUCCCGGGUCACGCCGCCUCUGCUUCAGAACGCGUCAAGGACGGGGGUGAGCGGUGGCUGGGACGCUGCCCUGCCCUCCUCACACACAGACUGGCGCUCUCAGUGCCCAGCACCACUGUUUGUGCUGUCCAGGCCGCUGCCCCCACCGCAGGACCCGCCAGGCAGCUGGAUGCAGAGGGCCCGGCCCCGUCUAGCCAGCAGAGGAAGGUGUCCCUGCCCCAUCGGGGAGGUGGGAGAUGGGGCGGGAUGCUGCCCCACCAGCAGCCUCCGCCCGGGGCACCCUCGGCCCUCCGCUUGGCUCUGUCUCCCUGCACCUGGCAGGGCCUCAGGCUGCCCCAGCUCGGGGGUCGUGGGCAGCUGCUACUCGGUGCCAAACCCCUUGGGGCACAGAGCCAUAUACCUCGAUGUCGGCCCCGCCCACCCUCGACCUCCACCCUGCUCUCCUCGUCAGGAAAAGCCGCACUUUACCCCACACCUGCCUACCCCCUCUCUCCAGCCAGGAGUAGCCUCGGGGGUGGGGUCGAGGGGACAGGUGACCCCCCGCCCCCCCCCACCCCCUUGGUACCAAGGCACCGAGGGGGCUGGCUCCAGUCCGUUCCCCUGACCCCGUGGGUCAUAUUUCUGUUGAAGCUCCCCAGCAAGAUGGUUUGGGGGCCCGGUCCUUCUCUUUCCCAGCUUUCCUCAUUUUAUUUAUGUUUCUGUUUACAAAUUGGAGUGGGGUCCUCCAUGGGGCCAGGGCAGUGCUCCCCAACCCCCGGGUGUCACCAGGAGAGGGUUUUGGCUCGAGCCCGUCUGCAGAGUUGGCCUCGACCUUCCCUCACCCCACCAAGGACCACACUGUGAAGUGAUAACUGCCUUGAAUCCCUUGCUGUUUUAUUUAUUAAACUUGAUUUGAAGCCCA